AUGGGGAAACAAAAAUAUUUGACUAAUAAUUCACUGACAAUAUCACCUAUUCAUCAUUAUAUGAAUUUACUUUAUCAACAAAAUUUUUUAUAUACAAAAUACAAUUCAAUAAUGAAUAAAUCAUUUACAGCUUUAUUAUGUCAUAUAACAUUAAAAAAUUUAUAUAAACUUAGUCAAAAAUCUCAAACACGUUUAUCAUAUACUCUAUAUAGAUCAUUAUGUAAUAAAUGUUUAAUUCCAUUAUAUUUACAAGGUAAAAUGAAAGUAAAAAGACGACAUAUACACUUUUAUUGUUCAAUCUGUAAGCAUAAAACUAUUAUUAAGUAUGAAAAUGAUUAUUGGUAUCCAAAUUAUAUUGAAUCUAUACUACCAGAUUCAUAUUGUAAUGAAUUGUAUGAAAAAAAUAUAUAA